AGUCAGCAGUUCUGUGCGGGCAGUGGGACGGCAGAGCCCGGGCCAUGAGCUGAGGACAUCGGGGGGACCGGCACCGGCGGGCGAGUUCACCGUUUCGCUGGUGGAGAAGAUGCAGGCUCAGGAGAUCCUGCGGAGCCUGCGGCUCCCCGAGUUCGAUGACCUCAGCCAGUUCUUCCGCAACCUGCCGGCCACGGCGCUGGUGGGCAUCGGUGCCUUCGCAGCCGUGGUCGCCUACUGGUUUGCCAGCCGGCCCAGGGCCGUGAAGCCGCCCUGCGACCUGUGCAUGCAGUCAGAGGAAGUCGAGGGCCUGGCCGGGGCGCGCCGCUCGGUGAUUGGGGACAGCCCACAGCUGCUGACGCACUACUACGAUGAUGCCAGGACCAUGUAUGAGGUCUUCAGGAGGGGAUUCAGCAUCUCUGAGAAUGGCCCCUGCCUUGGGUUCAGGAAGCCCAAGCAGCCCUACCAGUGGCUGUCCUACAAGGAGGUGGCUGAAAGAGCAGAAGCUCUGGGUUCAGGCCUUUUGCAGCAGGGCUGCAAGCCAUGCACGAAGCAGUUCAUUGGAGUCUUCGCUCAAAACCGUCCAGAGUGGAUCAUCUCUGAGCUGGCUUGCUACACCUAUUCCAUGGUGGUGGUUCCCCUGUAUGACACCUUAGGUCCUGGAGCCAUUCGGUACAUUGUCAACACAGCUGACAUUUCCACGGUCAUUUGUGACAAGCCUGAAAAAGCCAGGAUACUCCUUGACCAUGUGGAGAGGAGAGAAACACCAGGCCUGAGAUCUAUCAUCCUGAUGGACCCAUUUGAGAAGGAGUUGACAGAGAGAGGGAAGCGCUGUGGGGUUUGCAUCCAGACCAUGCAGGAGGUGGAGGACUGUGGCCGUGAGAGUCGACAUGUGCCUGUGCCUCCUCGACCAGAAGAUCUUUCAAUUGUCUGUUUUACUAGUGGCACUACAGGAAAUCCCAAAGGUGCUAUGCUGACCCAUGGAAACGUGGUAGCGGAUUUUUCAGGCUUUUUGAAAGUGACGGAGAAAGUGAUCUUUCCGAGACAGGACGAUGUGCUCAUCUCCUUCCUGCCUCUGGCUCACAUGUUUGAAAGAGUUAUACAGGUAAGAAACCUGUCUGAACUGACGAGGCCUCGUGGGGCUCCUUGUGUUUUCUUCCAGAGUCAGUGGUCUCCUACUUGUGAGGAUGUACACAUUUCCUAUUUGCCUUUAGCACACAUGUUUGAGAGAAUGGUACAGUCUGUAGUAUACUGCCACGGAGGGCGAAUUGGCUUCUUCCAAGGAGAUAUUCGCCUCCUGUCUGAUGAUAUGAAGGCACUGCGGCCAACCAUCUUCCCUGUCGUGCCACGGCUGUUGAACAGAAUGUAUGACAAGAUCUUCAGCCAGGCUGACACAUCCCUCAAGCGCUGGAUCCUGGAAUUUGCAGCAAGACGGAAAAAAGCUGAAGUUCGAAACGGCAUCAUUAGAAAUGACAGUUUGUGGGAUAAACUUUUCUUUAAUAAAAUACAGGCAAGUCUUGGGGGAUGUGUCCGCAUGAUAGUGACAGGUGCUGCCCCUGCAUCCCCAACUGUCCUAGGCUUCCUCCGCGCGGCCCUUGGAUGCCAGGUUUAUGAAGGCUAUGGCCAAACAGAAUGCACAGCUGGAUGCACCUUUACAACUCCAGGUGACUGGACAUCAGGUCAUGUAGGAGCCCCUUUGCCCUGUAACUUAAUCAGAUUGAAGGAUGUGGAAGAACUGAAUUAUUUUGCUUCCAAAGGAGAAGGAGAGAUCUGUGUGAAAGGACCCAACGUGUUUAAAGGUUACUUGAAAGAUAAAGAGAGGACAGCUGAAGCACUGGACCAGGAGGGAUGGCUUCACACAGGAGACAUUGGAAAAUGGUUACCUAACGGGACCCUUAAAAUUAUUGAUCGGAAAAAGCAUAUAUUUAAACUUGCUCAGGGAGAAUAUAUUGCACCAGAGAAGAUAGAGAAUAUCUACAUCCGCAGUGACCCUGUUGCUCAGAUCUACGUCCAUGGAGACAGCCUGCAGGCCUUCCUGGUGGGAAUUGUGGUGCCUGAUGCUGAAGUUAUGCCAGGUUGGGCAAAGAAAAGAGGAUUUGAAGGAACAUAUGCAGAACUCUGUAAAAAUAAGGAACUGCAGCAAGCGAUAAUGGAAGACAUGGUACGGUUAGGGAAGGAGAGUGGGCUUCAUUCCUUUGAGCAGGUCAAAGCCAUUUAUAUUCACUCUGAAAUGUUCUCAGUGCAAAACGGUUUGUUGACACCAACAUUAAAGGCUAAGAGACCAGAACUCAGAGAUUACUUCAAAAAACAAAUAGAAGAGCUAUAUUCAAGCAUCUCCAUCUGAAAUCACUGGAAGGAUCUUCUGAGUAAUGGACUUCAUAGCAAUAUUAGAAUAAUACUCAAAAAGUACAGAGCCAGAACGACACUGCUGAAAUGGAUAAGCAUCUGAAUCUUACAUUUGAGCCUUUAAUUUUUCUAGGAUUUCAUCACUAACCAUAUUUUCCCUUCUUUUUGCCAUCAGGUGUGAUACAAUUUCUUUUUUACUCUAGGUACACAGUAAGGCAUUACUAAAAGUUAUGCUAAAUUUCCACAAAAUACACAGAAAUUUCAAUCUAUGGCCAAGUAAAUUAUGGAAGCAUAUCUUAUAAAUAACCACAAACAUUUCUAAUUAAAAUAGGGGAAAAUUCAGGUAUGUCUGUUGAUAUUUGAUUGUAUAUAACCUAACAUAUUAGAAACUAAAAUCAUAAAUAAUUCAACAUUGUUGUCUACCUCAAAUAAUCAGUGAUUGAUGGUGAAAGUAAAAGUCUAUUUUCCCUGAUUUGAAACUUCAAGCUGGAUAUUGGUUUAUAUAGUAAGUGAUAGUUUUUAUAUUUUUCAGGACAUAAACAACAUUGAUUUGAUUUAAUCAUUGAUGACUUAACAACCAGAACAGAAAUAGGAAGGAAUUUCCCACUGUUUGUACUUAAUAGACCUAUUAGUAUAUUGCAUCUAAUGGAUUAAUGUUUCCUUGAAAUUAAAGGAACAGGGUAGGAAGUAGUAGCACAGAAUUCCCUCUAUUUCCUUUUCAUCCAAACAGUUUAUCCGUGGUAUGCAGAUUCUGCAUUAGGGCUCCUUCAGUCCAGUGCACUCACUGACAUCUGAACUGCUCAAACUGAGAAGGUCGCAAAAGCAUCACUGGCUCUGUGCUGGCUUCAGGUGGGAGUUCACAAUAAUCCAUAUGCUCCCAAUCCCUAAUUUAUUACUUUACAUGUUGCUACUACUGUGUAGUCCAGCUGGACUAACUCCUGUUUAGAAUCAGUGCUAAAGAAAUGGAGCACAAGGAAUAAGCUGUGAUUCUGGAUGGAGCUUAGCAAAAUGAAAGGGUUUGGGAAAAGGCCAGCCUGAGGUGCAGCAGUGGAAGGCAUCCUUUGUCUGGCCAUGGAAGGGGAAGGAAUACUGCCCCAAAGGACUCAUGGGGAUGGGCUAAAGGCUCUGUUAGACAUCGCUGUGCAAGAUGUCACUGUAUGGCAGAACAAUGGACGUGGUGACAGAAAGGCCUGUUACAGGAAUAUCUUUAUUGUCAGACAUCUGGAAGCAUGAAGUCCCAUUGGUAUCACUUGCAAUGGCCUCUCUGGAAUAACCAGCAAGUUGUCUGGAUAAAACAGAUUUCUGUGGUCAUUAGAAAGGGGGUAAGUCUCACAAGAAGUAGGAAAAGGCCCUAGAGCUCUCUCUUGAUACAAAGCCCAGUACAAGGGAAAGAGAAAACUGUCACGUCAAAUUGCUUGAAUACUUGGACUGUUGAUGGCUUCUUUCUGCUAAGCAGGGUCCUAAAUAUCUGUGUAUUUUACUAGCUGAUGUUUGCUGACCAGUGCAUAGUAGCAUGGAGCUGUGCCUGCUAGAUCUUUACUAGGACAGUAGAAGCACACUUAUUUUCUUUCUUAUGCUGGAACCGACUGUAGACUUUUGAAGCUAAAAGUUUAAAUUUUUAAUCUAAACAGUAUCUUUUUGUUUUCUCUCUGAAGUUCUGGUGCAUGCUUCCAAAAGAAAUAAAUGGAAUUAAUAAGUUAGUGUUAUACAAAGACUGAUUUAUUGCAGUGAUUUCAGAAUAAAAUGAUACAUAGGAAACCAUAUCAGUAACAUGACGACUCAAAGAAUGUGGCAGUUUGAUUUAUCAAAUGUGCGUUUGUCUGAAUCCCUUUAUGCCGCUGACUCCUCAUUUGAUUUCAGUGCAAUGACUCAUAUCAGUCCAAAGCAAGUAAAGAAAUACCUGAUAUCUGAUUGAGUCAUCAUUUUUCAUCCAUGUGUGCAGCAGUAGCAUCCCUGGGGAAUCUGUGUGUGCCACGUCAACGGAGGAUAGGGAUUAUUGCAUAAAGUCUGGCUCUUUAGGUCAAGUCAUAAAGGAUUUUUAUCUCAGUGGACUUUAGUUCAUAUCCUUUUUGUAUCAGCCAAAAGACAGUCAUUACAUACACAACCUUCACAGCAAUGGAGAAUUAAAAUCAGUACAAUUUCCUGUUUGUUUUAAUGCAACAGUUUUAAAAUAAAAAAACCCAAACCCUAGUCAUUUAAGUAAGUAGAGAAAAGCUAUUUUUCACUGAUAUUUUUUUUGCCAUUUGAAUUUAAUUUACUUUUCUCCUAAGAUGAUUUCAGGCUUUUGGAGAAAACAAAACUCUGUAUGAAGAUCCCAAUAUGAAUUUAUUUACAGCUUAGAUGGCUGUUAUUUUUACAUAUAUGAUACUGAAUAAUAUAUUUAUAUUCUUCUUUUGGUAUUUGAUGCAAAAUGUCAGAUGCACUAGAGCCAAAUAUAUGAACACCAAAAGAAUAAGAAAGAAAAUAUGCAGACUUGGCCACACUUGGAUGAUGCAAAAUCUGAGUUGGUUUUUGUCACACCAAAAGUGUGAAUACCUUCAGAACUUGUGAAAAAUUAUAUAAAUAAACUAAAAGCUCUCUUUUAUACUUGUAUAAUCAGAUUUUCCUCUGCGAGUCACUCGCCAUAAUAAUAACAAUGUUGUAAGAGAUUAACACCUGAAAAAGGGACAUAAGGCAUGAGAUAAGGCAGGAGCUAGGCUCAAUCCUGCUUCAAAUUCCAGGAAUAUUUAUUUUGUAUUGAGCUUUCUUAAACUGAAGCACUUCUUGUGACCACCAAGGACCACCGAGGAAAAAUCCCUUGGACUGUCCCAUAGCCAGUUGUUUGGUUUUUGUUUUUUGGUUUUGUGGGGCUUUUUGUUUUGUUUUUUUUUUGGUGGGGGGUGGGGAGGUUGUUUGUUUGGUUUUUUAACCUUAAGAUAGCUAAUUACAAAAUUACUUUCUAUUAUUCAUCUUAAAGAAUGGCAACUCUUUUUGCAGUCAGUUUUACAGUUGCAGUACUGCAUUCUUGGACACGUUAAACAUUGGAGGUUUUUCCUGGGCCUGGUGCUAUGCCUGUGGAAUCACUGGAAGUCUUAUACAUAAAAAACAGAAUAAAUUAAAUUUUUCAGGAAGAGACUCUUGCUUAAUUAUAUAUUUUGUAUGUUCUUUGCUUGAUAUAUUACACAGAGAAAAAACUGUCCUGCCAAAAUGCACGAAGUGUGAGCAGAAACCAGACCAGAGUCUUUAACCCCACAUGGGCAGGAAAUACAUGGAAUAAUUCUGUCCUGAAGGGCAUAUUUGCAGGUUGAAGUGCUUGAUGCACACAAAGUGAGACAGAGACAGUGAGUUUUAAUUGAUAAAGUACCAUUUUGCAAUCUGCCUUCACUGUUAGUCAGUAUCUAUCAGCAGUAGUAAGGUACAGUCUCAUUUUUACCAUGAGUAUAAAAUUCUCAUGUGUAACAAAAUAAUCUAACCUUAACUUCUGGAAUGAAAAAAUUAACUUAGAUUUUUUUUUUUAAUUUUACAUGUGUUAAAAGCACAAAUUGCUGAUCUAUAUGUAAAUAAAUGCUGCAAGAUGAAUGUAAAAUGGGAAAGAAUAUACUAUUUUUGCAUGGAAAUAGGUUACUUAAAGACCUCUUGAUGCCUUAGAAAAAAAUUGAAAAAGCUUUUUAUUUAUAGAGGCAAUUCUAUUGCCAUACUUCUUGCAUCUUUAGUUCACUUUAGUUUUUCCUAGGGGAAAAAAAAUUCAGAAUUAAAUCAUUGUUUCUUCUUGGAAUUUAUGUUCUUCAGUAUUUUGCACAUUUUGUGGUUUCUAUACCACCUUUGCACCUGUGAAACAAUGAAGCUUUUCAGAGAAGAAAUCUGGAUGCCUGUAGCCCAGAAGUUUUAGAUCCCUUGAAUUCUUCCAAAGAAAAAUGUUUUCUGAGGCAUCUGGAGUUCCUUUAAGGCCUUCAUUUCAGCAUUUUGUUAUGUAUUUUGGCAAAGUAAAAGCAGCCAACAAAUGAGGCAUUUUGGUAAGUGUUGCCUAUUGUAUUUUCAACUGAAAGUGAAGGGGGGUAAAAUUUAACAUAUUCAUUUGUGUAAAAAAAUAAAUCCUAACUGUUAUUAAAUUUUUUUCAGUUUUGGUAUAUUAGCAUGCAUAUGAAAGAGUCAUCUAUGGAAACUUUUGUAAAGAACUAAAUUCUCACCUUUCUCAAAACUGCUCAUAAGAUUUUCUUGUGGACUGACAUAAAAUAAUAGCUCUUUUAUAAAAUCCGUUGUUCCUCCAGCACUUUGUCCUCACCAUCGGUACGAAGUAAUUCAGGAUGUCUGCCUAAACCAAAUGUAUUGUAAAAAUAAGAAAUUAUGUAAAAAAAAAAAAAUUACAAAAUGCAUAUUGGGACAUGAGAUUGAUUUUAGCAAUCUCCUAUGAAAACAAAAUGUUGCAAAGUUCUCUGAAGAUGCAGCAGUCUUUCUGUAAUGGUUUCAUUUUUUAAUUUUAGAUCAAUAAUAAUAUAACCAAAUGUAUAUGCUUGUUUAAUAUGAAUUGACAAUUGGGAAUGCAUAGUAUUUUUUCAGACUGUGUCUAAACCAAUAAA